AUGAGUCUGCAGCCGCCUUCCCUCUCCAUGAGGCCCAAGUCUCCGUCUGGAGGCUCGACCAAGGCCGUGAUUCUGGUCGGAGGCCCUUCUCGCGGCACACGCUUCAGGCCUCUGUCUAUGGAACUGCCCAAGCCGCUCUUCCCCAUCGCCGGCCACCCCAUAAUCGAGCACUGCUUCCGCGCCAUCACAAACGUCCCCGAGAUCAAGGAGGUCUUCAUCGUCGGCUACUACGAGGAGUCCGUCUUCCAGCAAUUCAUCAACUCCGUCUCGACCAUCUGGCCACACCUGAGCGUUAAGUACCUCCGCGAAUACCAGGCAUUGGGCACAGCGGGUGGUCUCUACCACUUCCGCGACGUCAUACUGAAGGGCAGGCCCGAGAAGCUAUUCGUGCUCAACGCCGAUGUCUGCUCCUCGUUCCCGCUGGUGGAGAUGCUCAAGCUGUUCGAGGACAAGGAUGCGGAGGCGGUAAUGCUGGGUACGCGCGUCGCCAACGACGCCGCCUCCAACUUCGGAUGCAUUGUCUCGGACGCGCACACGAAGCGCGUGCUGCACUACGUCGAGAAGCCCGAGUCGCACAUCUCCAACCUCAUCAACUGCGGCGUCUACCUCUUCGCGACCGAGUGCAUCUUCCCCGCCAUUCGCAGCGCCAUCAAGCGACGGACCGAGCGCCCACGGCUGCUGUCGUACCCCUCCUCCGAGAACCUCGAAUCCUCCUUCUACCAAAACGACGAUGACGAUGACAACAAGGAGAAUGCAGUUAUUCGAUUGGAGCAGGACGUGCUGUCUGACAUCGCCGACAGCAGGCAGUUCUUCGUCCUCGAGACCAAGGACUUCUGGCGCCAGAUCAAGACCGCUGGUUCCGCCGUGCCAGCAAAUGCUCUGUACCUCCUGAAGGCUUUCCAAGCUGGCUCAGAAGAACUCGCCGCCCCCUCCGCCAACAUCCUCCCUCCCGUCUACAUCCACCCCUCCGCGCAGAUCGAUCCAACCGCCAAGAUCGGUCCCAACGUGUCCAUUGGUCCCCGCGUCGUGAUUGGCGCUGGUGUCCGUGUCAAGGAGUCCAUCGUUCUUGAAGACUCAGAGAUCAAGCACGACGCUUGCGUAUUGUACACCAUCAUCGGCUGGCACAGCAAGGUCGGUGCUUGGGCGCGUGUCGAGGGCACUCCUACCCCCGUUACCAGCCACACGACCAGCGUCAUCAAGAACGGCGUCAAGGUCCAGAGCAUCACCAUUCUCGGAAAGGAGUGUGCUGUCGCUGAUGAGGUUCGCGUGCAAAACUGUGUUUGCCUGCCUUACAAGGAGCUUAAGAGGGACGUCUCGAACGAGGUCAUCAUCCAGAGUGAUCUUUACCUCGUGCUUACAUUAGGAGACAAACAGUCAAAUGGCAUUACAUCCUCACCUCCCACAAACCUCAACCCCACUCCCGACUCCGGCUCCCGCUACGAUAAGCCCAUCGCCGCGGCCCAAAAAGAUGGACUACCCAUAAUCGACAUAUCCCCCUUUAUGGACACCUCCUCAUCUCAAGAAGCCCGUUCAACAACCGCCUCCGCCAUAAACGCCGCCUGCAUAAACUACGGCUUCUUCUACCUAACCGGCCACGGCAUCCCCACGUCCAAACUCGACGAAAUCAUUGACCUGGCGCGUGAAUUCUUUUCUCUACCACUCGAAGAAAAGAACAAGAUCAAGCGCUUCGACGCCGGCAGUCCAGAAGGAGGCGACGGCGCGCGCGGCUACCAGGGGCUCGGCGAAAAUGUAACGGGUGGGCUGCAAGAUAUGCAAGAAGCCAUUGACUGGUACCGGGACUGGCCCGUUGAAGAAAGAGAACCAGGCGAUGGCGGACCAGGCAGCGUGAAGAGUCUCCAAGGAGUCAAUCUAUGGCCCGAGAAACCCGAACAGCUCAGACCUGUGUACGAAGAAUACAUAGAGAAAGUCAAGAAAGUCGGCGAAGCCCUCGUGCACGCCAUGGGCGUAGCCCUCGAUCUCGGUCCCCCACAAGAAGGCGCAACACAAUCAACGCAAGACGAAGAGAUCUUCCUGCGCAACUGCUCCGACUCCUUCUGGGUCAUGCGCAUGAUCGGCUACCCACCCCUCACAACACCCAUCUCCGGUGAUGACAACAUCGACCAAUUCUCCUGCGGCGCCCACACAGACUACGGUUGCGUAACCCUGCUCCUCACAGACCCCACUCCCUCCUCCCUCCAAGUCCUGCUCAAAGACGGGACAACCUGGCUGAAUGCAGACCCGCUCCCCGGCGCGUUUGUCGUCAACAUUGGCGAUAUGAUUGAGCGGUGGACGAACGGGGUGUGGAAGAGUACGAAACAUCGGGUUAUUCAUAGGGGGGAGAGGUAUAGGGUUAGUGUGCCGUUUUUCUAUGAGCCGAACUUUGAGGCGUGGGUUGAGCCGUUGGGGAAGUGUGUGGAGAGGACGGGCGGGAAGGGCGGGUAUGGGAAGGGGAGGUAUGGGGAUCAUUUGUUGGGGAAGGUUAGUGGGAAUUUUUAUUAUAGUAUGAGGACGGAUUGGUGA